AUGUUGCAGGAAUCAAGCAAACAAGUUGAAGAUAUCAUCAAAUUUUUGAAACCAGAGACCGUCUUUUUGGAAUUGUGCUCAAGUCGUCUAGCAGUCCUCUUCGCUGAAAGCAUUAAGGUACCUACUGUGGAAGACAUGAUUGCAAUGUUGAAGAAAAAACACAACAUCUUUGGAAUACUUUAUUGGAGGUUCAUUGCCGAGAUUGCCAAUGGACUUGAUGUCUAUCCUGGUGCUGAGUUUCGUUCUGGAUUUAGAGAAGCAAGCAAGUAUGGUGGCAAAGUGGUACUUGGUGAUCGCCCUCAACAGAUUACAUUAAAGAGAACUUGGAGGAAGCUGCCACUCAAGCACAUCAUAAAAGCGUUCAAUCCUUCUUCUUAUCCAGACAUCAAUUUCUCAGAUUCUUUAUCAUUCUCUGAUAUAGCUAAAAUAAAGGAAAAAAUGUUUGAGUUGCUGCCAACUGUAGUGGAGACCUUUGUCGAUGAAAGAGAUCAAUACAUGUGCCACACAUUAUUCAAAGUGGCAAGAAAGAGCAGAUCAGUUGUUGCUGUUGUUGGAAAGGGGCAUCUUCAAGGAAUCAAAAAGAACUGGAAGCAACCUAUCAAGAUUGAGGAUCUUGUGACAAUUCCGCCUCCCAAACUGCCUAUACCUGUGACGAGAAUAUUUGCAUAUGUAGGCAUUGUUGUGGCUGGAGUGACCAUAAUAACAAAAACCUAUCUUUAAGUGUAAAAGAAUGAAUUCUCUAUGUAGAUAAAGUUUCAUCUACAAUAUCGCAGAUACUAAUUGAAUUAAUUGAGUAAGUAAUUUCUUGGUAGUUAGUUACUCAUUUGUUAUCUAUAUAUAAGGUUAUGUAAUAGUUGAUGUGAAUCAAUAUCCUAUCCUUGUACUCGUUCUAAUACAAUUUUUAUUUUUCA